CUAACAUUUUUCGUCUUGAUGCAGAAGAAAUUUCCCGGGUAUCCGUUGAACGACUUAUCUUCAUACGGAUCGUUGAGUCUGGUUUACCAGACUAUUUCUCGGGCUCUUCGGCAUAAUGCGGCGUUUUGAAAUUUCUGCAAGUGUACUUGGCUUCGUACAGUGACUCAGCUGCAGUGUCUGUCGCUGCGGACGGUAUGCUUCAUGCAUUCUAUUACACUAAUGGAGUAUGCUAGGAGCAGGCUAUAUAGGGCAUGUCGUAUUUUUGGUCACUUCACUUGGAUAACCUUCCUGGGCCGUUAUUACCAUGGAUAUCAUCCAUGGUAUCGUGGAUAGGUGGACUUUCUAUCCUGCUGGUGCAUCUUUGCUUGACCUGACGGGAAAAGUGGUCAUUGUUACCGGUGGAAAUACAGGAAUCGGUUAUUGGACCGUUUUACAUCUCGCAAGGAAAGGCGCCAAGAUAUAUCUUGCUGCAAGAAAUGAAACCAAGGCUUUGGACGCGAUCAAGAGCAUUACGGAGGCGGGUAUUGGUUCAGGGGAAGUCAUCUGGCUCCCGUUCGACCUGAAGGACCCGAGACUGGCCAAGAAAGCUGCAGAGGACUUUUUGAGUAGAGAGAAGAGGCUGGAUGUUCUCAUCAACAACGCGGCUUUUUUGACCGGUCCUUACAACGCCGACCAGGAUGGUGUCUCCGAAGUUGUAAUGACAAAUCAUAUCAGCACCUUCCUUUUCACCCAGACACUUUUACCUCUCAUGAUAGAGGCGUCCAAAAUGCCAGACUCGGAUGUCCGUCUUGUCAACGUUGCGUCAGAUGCACAUAUAAAUGGCCCAUCCGCAAACCCUGACAUUCGUUUCCAAAGCAUUGACGAUUUCAAUGGCGAAUAUAAGGAGAUGUUUUGGCCUGAUUCAGGCCGCUACGGAGUGUCGAAACUCAUGAACGUCAUUUAUACCACCGAGUUGCAGCGCCGCCUAUCUACCAAGUCGAUUCCUAUCACCUGUAUUUCUCUUCAUCCUGGAAGUGUCGACACCGGCCGGGCGUGGAGAACCCCCUACCCUCGGCUCGCGACCAUCGUUUUUAAGAUCUUCUUUAUCGGGCCUGAUCAAAGGGCGUAUACGUCUUGUUUUGCUGCCGCGUCCCCUCUCAUCAAAGCGGAUCCGGACAAAUAUAAAGGACAAUACAUCAGGCCCGUGGGGAGGAUUGUGGCCAAGAACCCGAAUGUUGCGAAGGCUGGUCUUGCUGAAGAGCUCUGGGAGACGACUGAGAAGUUUUUGCGGGGGCUGGGCUUGUACACGCCUAUGUCGGAGUGGUUGUAGGCUCGGACAAAUUCUCAUUGCUUUAUAUACAGAAUUUUGAGAAACAACAUCGCG